AUGACAACAAGCGACCUAGGGAUCCCCGGAGGUCAGAUCGUCCCUUCCAGAGAUACAAACCCAGAACAGAACACGAUAAGAGAAACUUUGCGACAAAAUCUCAGUAAAAGGAUUCUAAAGAAGACUAAAGACCCAUCCAAACGCGGGAAAGUAGUCAGCGACAAAUGUCAACUUUGCAAGAAAAUUUACGAUUUAAACUCCUGUCAACAGUUUCGUGGAAUUGAUAUCAAAGAUAGGAAGAAAUUUGCGAGAAAGAAAGGAUUUUGCUGUGGCUGCUUAGGACAAGGACAUCUGUCAAAACAGACUAAGAAAACAAAGAAGUGCGACUCUGGUAGAAAGUUACAUCACACCUCUCUGCCACUCUCUGGUGAUUUCAAAGAGAAUACGGGCAACGGAACGAACAAUUCCCAUGACGAAAAUGUCAACUCACCAACUGUCAACUGCACCAAAGCUUGUUUCAUGAACGACGUAGGUCAAGUGCGAAUGAGCUCCAUGAUAAUCUCAGUAUGGAUCCACCAUAGCGAUAACCCUGACACCGAGAUACUUGUAUAUGCCCUCCUAAAUGAUCCGGCAACCAUACCCCCAGUGGCGGAAAUUCACUUUUUCCGGUUGGGGGAGGGGGGCGAAGCCUUCUAAAUUUCCGACAAAACUUUCAAAUUUCCGAACCCCCCUAUUAGCCCUUUUAUAGGUCAAAAUUUCCGAAAAUUCGUCAUUUUCCACUGCUUGAUACCCCGAGGCAUACCCCGCCUGGAAUUAACGGCAAUGUUGCACAAGGAGCUCAAUUACGAAGGGAUUGUUGACAUAUUCUGGACAGACAGCAAAGUGGUAUAAUACGCUCGAUUUUAAUAACAAUGCCAGGCGCUUUCACAUAUUCGUUGCGAAUAGAGUGCAACAGAUCCGAGAAUGCACUAGCUCAAAUCAUUGGCGAUAUGUCGAGAGUAAAGAAAACCCUGCGGACGUACGAGGCGUCACGAGGAUUAAGUGCUCGACAGCUUAUAUGCAACCCUUGGUGGCUUUCUGGACCCGAGCUUUUCAGGAAAUCUGAGAUCUCCGCACCUUGCAUCGAAAGUUUACCCGUCUCCAAAGAUGACCCAGAAGUUAAGAAGGUAAAAUGUUUCGUCGCGCAAGGAAUGGUACAGAAUUGCGAAAAAUUUCUCAGCACCGUGGGAAAAGUGCCAUCGCGAUUUGUCUGAGACUUCGGAAGCACCUAAGAAAUUACCAAAAGGAUCGAGAACGAAGUCAAGUGAAGAUAUCGAAUCAAGCGUAUAAGCUACCAGACGUAGACGAGUUACGUCAAGGGGAGGUAGAGAUACAGUAGUUGAAAGUGGGGCAUUUCCGAACGAGAUCAAACUGUUGCGCCGCCUAAAAUCUAAUCCCACGAAUAGAGAAGAAUGUCGAAGAUCGUAAGGCUAACUUAAUUUAAAGAAAACCAGCGCUCUUUGCAGAUUGGACCCGUUUAUGGGUAAAGAGGGACUCUUGCGAGUGGGAGGACGUAUUAACCGCGCCGACGUUUGCUACCAUAUCAAACAUCCAGUUAUAUUACCGAGAAAGGGACACAUUACAGCUCUUGUCAUCCGGUAUUAUUACUAACGAGUUAGGCACCAAGGUCGAGGAAUCACCCUGAACAAGAUUCGCGCGAACGGAUCAUUGGUGGAAGCUCCGCCGUAGCUGAUCACAUUGCCGAAUGCGAUAUGUGUCGAAAGCUUCGUGGCACGGUUGAGAGCAGAAAAUGGCCGAACUUUCCCAUGAUGGAUUAGAACCUGCGCCGCCAUUUACGUAUUGCGGAGUGGAUUGCUAUAUUAUAUUGAAGAUGGGCGAAGGGGACUUAAAUGCAACGGUGUUUUGUUUACAUGCUUAUCAUCUCGUGCAAUCCAUCUCGAGACGGCGAAAUCACUGGAGACCGAUUCAUUUAUCAACGCGUUGCGUCGUUUCGUGGCCAGACGUGGACCAGUGUGUCAUCGAAGAUCAGAUCAGGGCAAAACUUAGCUGGAACUCAACGAGAAUUGAGCAGCUUUGAUAGGAAUGGAUCAACACAGAGUGCGAUCAUUUCCAGUAGAGAAAGAGUGCGACUGGUUCGCGUUUCAAAUGAAUGUUCCCUCCAGUAGCCAUAUGGGCCGGCAGGUACAAAAUGCGGGUUGCAGGUUGGAAUUUUGCAGGUUGAGGAUUUUGCAGGUUGGAAUUUUGCAGGUUGGAAUUUUGCAGGUUGCCAGGAACUUUGCAGGUUGAUAAUGCUAACUUAAAAUCACACCACUUUUUUAGUAUUCUAGUAUAACUUAGUUGUGCAUUUAUUGCAGUCUGACUCCUUGUCGGCGCUUUUGAUAUCAACUAAUCAGCCUACCCUGUUGCCAUGUUCCUAGCCUCUGCUCUAAGGCUAGUGGCCAUCACCCCCAUAAAAACAUUCAAAAUGACCAGAUUGGCUUGGACGGCAGGGAGACGAAUGUUUUGAUUGUUGCGAGGAGCCUACAUGACCUGGCGGCGUUUAUACCAGAAUGUUGUUAAAAGUUAACUAACUCUCGAGUAAUGACACGGUAAUUGGGGGCUUGAGUGGACUUCUAAUAAGUGGGUGCAGAGGAGAGACACCUCAUUCAGGCAUUUUCUGAACUGCCACCACGUCAUGUAGGCUCCUCGCAACAAUCGAAACAUCCAUCCCCCUGAAGGUCCAAGCCAAUCUGGUCAUUUUGAAUGUUUUCACAAGGGUGAUGGCCACUCCUUAGAGCAGAAGCUAGGAACAUGGUAGCAGGAUAGGCUGAUAUCAAAAGCGCCGACAAGGAGUCAGACUGCAAUAAGUACACAAUUAAAUUAUACUAGAAUACUUUAUAGUGGUGUAAUUUUAAGUUAGCAUCAUCAACCUGCAAAAUUCCUGGCAACCUGCAAAAUUCCAACCUGCAAAAUCUCCAACCUGCAAAAUUCCAACCUGCAAAAUUCCCAACCUGCGAAAUUCCAACCUACAACCUGCAACCUGCGUUUUGUACCUGCCGCAUAUCGGCGGCGUGUGGGAACGUCAAAUCAUACCUAAAUGUCAUCCUUCUUUAAUUUGAGACUCAGUUGGACGAAGAGUCAUUGCAUACGUUCAUGUGCGAGACCGAAGCCAUUGUUAACAGUCACCAAUCUCCCCUACCGAAGCAGAACCCUUAACCCCAAACCAUCUAGUCACGAAUACUGUUGCCACCACAAGGAGAGUUUUAACCAGCUGACCUCUAUCUAGUAAAAAGACGGCGAAGAGUUCAGUUAUCGCGAAUGCGGAUUGAAACCACAGCUCGUUCGCAAUAAACUCACAAGAUAAACUAAUGAUAAUAUAGUUUUUUUCUACGCAAUUCUAUUCUCUCUAAAGUCUCUAAAAACCAACUCAGUUCGCUUACGUCUACAAAAUUACAAAAGUCUAUAUAUGGAUAUCGCGUUUCUAUAAUUAGGUAUUAAUUAAAUAUCAAUUAAUGUUGCACAAUUCCCAACACAGUACCUUCUGAACCAAUUGUGUUUUAUUUUUUGCUAAAAUUUCUUUGUUAUCGUGUACAAAUAUUUUUUUGCAAAGAGCGCUAGCUUCAAUAUGUAAGUGCAUCGUAAAAAUGUACUGCAAUACAGGCUACAGCCCCAAUAUCCCAGCAACUUAACGCUUAAAUGGUCAAUAGAGCGUCUUGUUCUAAUGAUUUUCACAGCCAUCUUCCCUUCGAUAGGCUAUCAAGCAGGCCCGGAGCUACGGGGUGGGGGUGUGUGACACCCCCCCAGCAAUUGUAUUCAGUCGGCAGGACUGCUAUUCAGUCGGUAGAACUGCUAUUUGGGUUACAUCUUUUUGCGCAAAGGGCAAGAACGUGGUGGGAAUUUUAGGAAAAUUUUGAGGAAAAAUGUAAAAAUUUUGGAAAAAUGUAAAAAAAUGUUGAAAAUUUUUGUACGUCCGGAAAAAUUUUUGGACCCCUAAAAUGGUACACUGACCGAAAUUUUUUGGCGACGGGGGUAGGGUCGACCAAAAAAUUUUGUUCCGGAAAAAUUUUUUUGAACCAGUCGGUUGAAUUGAAUUACACCCCCCCUGAAGAAUUUCCUGAGGACGGCCCUGGCUAUGGUUAGACAAAUCCAUAUUUUGGUGUAUGAAAAGAGUUCUUCCUGUUUGAUUCUACGAAACAUCACACGUUUUCUCUGGGUGCUCCAGUUUCCUUCUGUAAAAGCAGUGACUCAAUACUGUAAGCCAUCAUAUUGCACAGUGGGUGCUGACAUUUUGGAAGUGACAGAACUAUCCAGUAUAAAUAAUAUUUCAACAUUGAAAGACACGAAUUUCAUCCCACAUACUGUAGGGUAUAGUUUUUGUUCCAAGCCUGGGAAACUUACAUGUUAUUAAUUUAUUGAAAAUUCCUAGGAUGGUAUUGAUGGGUAUAAUGCAUAAUUAUCAGGUUCUACAAUGAAUAUUAGUACAAAAUCCUUCUUUAUUCAUUUUGUUGUAAUAAUAAAUUGACAUGAAUGAUUGUUUUUGUUGUUAUAGGUAACUCAUGAACAAAAAGAUGACUACGGCAAGUUUUACAAUGACGAUUCAUACAUCAUUCUGAACACAUACAAAAAACCUAAGGGCGAUGUAAGUUGAUGUAUUCGGCUAUCCUAGAUUAUGAGAUAUUGUUUAGAUAGAGAUCUAGAAAAUGAAUGGUGCAAUUCAGCCUAAAUACCUAAUGCGCAAUGUUGAGCUCUAUUAACCCAAUGAGCGCUUUCACCUUGAUAAAUAAAAUCAUCUAGUGUUAGGCUGAGUAAAAGAAUAAAGUAGGGUGCAUUACAGCACGAUUCAACUUAAUGGGUUAAACCCAUUGAACUGAAUAGAACUAGAACGUUACCUCCAACUGGAAAUUUGAAGCCAAACUUGAAGGCCAGUUCCAGCCUUUUCACGCAUGCGAAAAGCGCUCAAUCUGUCAAUCAUGACAUAAACACGUUCCAGUUCUAUUCAUGCUUUGCAAUACUGCAUUCAUAACCAAGCUAUUUACACAUGUUUCUUGCUUUCUUUUAAUCCAUUAAGCCACCCUUAACAUUUAUUACUCAUCUAAUGAAUAAGCAGUAAUAAGGUUUGUAUAUUAUAUGUCAAUAUUUUAAUCUGGUGUUGACAGGAACUGCUUUAUGAUGUUCAUUUCUGGAUUGGACAGAAUUCAACCCAAGAUGAAUACGGCACUGCGGCGUACAAGACAGUUGAGCUUGACACGCUGGUACGUACGUUGCUCCAUUUUGUAUUGCAUUUUAAAAAUAAUAAAUAUGGAUCGCACCAUCGCAGUCACGUAGUUAAAAUGUGUUGGCUGACCCUACAGGCAUCAUUUUGAUCAAAUUAAAAAUAAAUCCUGUGUUGUUUCCACAGUUGGAUGACAAGCCAGUUCAGCAUCGUGAAGUACAGGGUCAUGAGAGUUCUUUGUUUAAAUCCUACUUUGAACACAUCACUUUGUUAGAAGGAGGGUAAGUCUUCAAGCAUGAUAUAUUUUAAUAUCUUUUUUUGUUUCUUGUGUUAUGCGUUCAGGUGAAGAUAUAUGUUAGUGAUAUUGCAUGUCUCUGAGCGGGUCCACACCGGGCAAGCUGAAAAGUUUUCUUGACCACGGUGGAAAUCGAACCUGCGACCUUUGAUGUACUAUUUAAAACACAAGUAGGAGUGUUUUAUCAGAUAUAAAACGCGAGGCGCAGCCGAGCGUUUUCAUAUCUAGUGAUAAAACACGACAACGAGUGUUUGAAUAGCUUAAUUAAAUACGACUAUACAAAAGAAUAUCAUUAGGAUGAACAAUUAUAUAAAGAAUACUAAUCAAGAAGAGUUUUAUCAGAUAUAAAGUCACUCCACGUAACAUAUUAUGGGUAACUUGAUUUGCCACAAGGUUUAUGAAUUAUUAAUGAGUAUUUUAAUUACUAGUGCAAAGCUCUACCAACUGCACUACGAAGUCAAGUCGGUUCGAGUGGGUGAUAUUUCAUAACUCAGAGUCUAGUUCCUUCGAUAUCAACGUGUUUUUUGGAUCUUGAAAAAAGUUUCCAUAUGUUGUACUUACCAUUGACUGAAUAACAAGCUAGUUGUCUGCCUCACUUCAUCCUUCCUGGAUAUAAUAUGACUCACUGACUAUAACUAGCUUAAUAAUAGACAUAAAAAUGUUACUGUUGAAACUGUGAUUGAUUGAUUUAGAUCAGUGCAAUUAAUCCCAAACAGCAGUGCAAAAAUAUUUUAACAAACUAAUCUGAUUGGUGCUCACCAGUGCAUGUUUUAUCCAAAUGGGAAACUUCACUCAAGAAUGCUCAUAACCUUAAAUGAAUGUGGAAGAACCAUUCAAUAUAAGAAUGUGAUCUUAUUUUAUACUAUGUUUUUCAUUUUAGUUAUGACAGUGGAUUCAGACAUGUGAAACCUGAAGAAUAUCAAAUUCGACUAUUCCACGUCAGUGGACUAAGCGUAUGUUCAUAUUUUGUUUAGCAGACUAACUAUUUAAUUCCCAAUUGGAAUUAGAAUUGCAAUAGGCUAUUUCAGCUUUUAAUUUAUGCACUCAGGGGGUGAUGGGAAGUAAGGUAUCAUAUUACUGAUUAUGCUGAAAAUUUCAAUAAAAACUGCUGAAACAACCGAAAUAUUUCAAUAUUUACAAGUAUAAGCUAUCACUCCGUGUUAACACGGCCGUCGUUUCAGUAUAAUCAGCAAUUUAAUACCUUACUUCCUAUCCUCCCCUGCGCUCAUAUAUUAAAACUGGAAUUGCCAAUUGGAAUUUGGGCCAAUUUCCAAUUGGAAUGAGUUUUUCUGUUCGAAGAUUUUUACGGGUAACCCAGGAAAAAGAAUUUUCUUUGCCCGGAUAUCCAACAAAUGGGGGUGCACAUCCAACAAAUUGCUCGGGAGUGAAGGGAGAGGGAUUCGGACGAUCUGGGACCGACUUUCUUGUACACUACACCUAGUGGCAGCGGAACAGUUUUUAUUUUGGGGAAGCUAAUCAGUUCCAGCUAAGCUGAGAACCAUAGUUAAGACUUAAGAUAUUCAGAUAAGUGUAAUAGGAGCGGGGUAAACUGGGGGGCAUGCUUCCCCAGGAAAAAUUUGCAAAAUUGAGGUUCGGAAAUGCCAUUUUCGAAUUCUACACUUUUCGGCACUGAGUUGAAGAAUUUGGAUGAAAAAAUGCUACUGUGUACACCAGACAUAUGUGGCUUGUGGAUUAAACAAUUUAACUCUCAUAGCAGAAAUUCAGGACCGACUUUUGAUACAGUCUUCAUCAAAACAAUCAAAACUGGGAUCGACUUUUUGUGAUUUUAAAUUCGAGGGGAGUUACAGCCCCUUAACGUCCGCCCCUGACCAGGGAGUAAGAUUUGGUAAUUAAUUUGAUUUUUCAUUUUCUAGCGCAAAGUCUUUGUGAAAGAGGUUCCACCAUACAAAUCCAAGUUAGAUUCUGGAGAUGUUUUCAUUAUUGAUAAUGGAUUGGAAAUUUAUCAGGUUUUUAAUAAAUCUUUACGUACUAGUUAAAAUAUGAACAGCUGACCUUUAUGGGCAUCUAAAAUUGUUAAAUUCAUGCCCAUAAAGAUCAGUAGCGAAUAUUUUAACGAACUUGUAAGAUGAAUCUAUUUGUUUACUUUAUUAGUAUUCACUGUCCAUGGGGACAAUCUCACGCUUCAUUAGCAUGCAUUUACAGCGUAAAUCUAGUGAUGCGUGCGUUUUGAUUCUAAUAAAUCGUACUUCUGUCCAUAACUUUCAUAAAUAUUCCGCUGACAUGACUUCCUAGUCUAUACUGCCGUUUACAAAUGUGCACACGUGACCUAAAUACCGCCAAAUGCUUUUUAUGCAAUUAGUCUUAAUUGGCUACUUAACUUCAAGAUGGGUAAAAAUCUCACAGCUUGUCAGCAUGAUGUGUUUGCACUGUUUGUCUCCAGUUGUUGACAAGUCUGGAACAAGUUGUUGUCAUCUUGUAACAAGCCGUUAGUGAAGCGAACAGACUCGCAACAAGUCUGAUAUCAUCUGCCGACAUUGAUUAACAAGUUAUUACGAACAGCCUGUAUUAGUCUUAUUGGAACAACUCGUAGCUAUAAUAAUUUACAAGUUGUUCCAGACUUGUCACAACAACUGGAACAAGCAAUGCGAACACAUCCUGGUAUUGACUUGGCAAGAAUCUUGUUACAACUUGUUUGCAGACCUGUAACAACUUGCGCGUUUUUACGUGUGUAGUAUAGGUAGUCUGAUCCGUGAUCCAUCAAUUAUAUUAUUCCUCAUUACCAACUCUAAAACCUCGCAAUCAUGAUUUCCUCUGUUUCGUCUUGCUUCAGCUAUUCAUUUCAGCUGAUGGUUGAAUACUGCUAAUAGUAUUUCACUUCUUUUGCAGUGGAAUGGGUUAACCUGCAACAAAGAUGAAAAAUUCAAAGCUUUACAGUAUACACAACAAUUAAAGGUUUCAUGUUUGUUUUUAGUUCAAGAUAUUUUCUCAUAUUUGCUGUCUUCGGCAAUAUGCUCCUUAAUGCUGCCCAUUUCUUAAUAACUCCAAGCCAUAAAUUUGUACUUUUUCUAGUGUUCGAGUUUUCAGUUUGUGAAAUGUCUCGAUGAGAACAUUCGUAUACAUCAACCAUUUUUAAAUUAAACUUGACUAGUUUAUGUAAAUCAGCAUGAUUCUGUAUCAGAUAUACAAACAGAUCGGAAGCUCAUGAUUUCCGUUUUAUAUGUUUUCUUCAUGAAUUAUUGAGUUUCACAAAUAUAUUUAACAAAUAUGAAACAUUUUCCGUGUUGAUAUGCAGUUAUAUCAACACGAGUGGGAAUUGGGAAAACGAGAAAUUGUGUGGAAAUUGUAUUUUCACACAAUUUCGUGAGUUUUCCCAAUUUCCACGUGUGUUGAUAUAACUGUAUAUCAAUACGGAAAAGUGUGUUAUAUAUUUUUUAUAAUAUAGCACAAAGAAAUAUAAAGAAAGCAAUUUUCCGUGUUGACAUUGAGUUAUAUCAACACAGCUCUUAGCCAAUCAGCGUUCAAAAUUUACAAAUGCUAUAUUAUAAAUAUAUAUAUAUAUAUAUAUAUAUAUAUAUAUAUAUAUAUAUAUAUAUAUAUAUAUAUAUAUAUAUAUAUAUAUAUAUAAAAGUCACUGGUUAUAGGAGGUCAAGCAAUUGGUGUGUCUGAAGAUUUUUAUCUUUUUUUUAACAUUUGAAAUUUUCAUUUAGUCCGACCGAUCUGGAAAACCAAAAGUGAAAGUUCUUGGUGAGUACACAAACUUCACUGAUCAGAAAUAUAGAAAAUGUCUUAAAUUAUCUAAGUUAAGGUGACUCCCUACAGUUUACUAGAAAAUCGAAGAUCUCCGAUUUAGACCCAAUUUUUCAACAAUUCCUACAUGUUGAAAGGCAAAGAAAGUCCAAUUAGAAAAAUAAUAACUACAGAGUUGGAUUUUUAAAAAAAAAAAAGAAUCACAUUUGCCGUUUCUAUGGCAACAAUGACGCUUCAAUAUGGCCGAUAUUUUGGGUUUAAAGUUAUACAAUUUGAAAAUAAGGUCGCUUACCCCCAUUGUUUAUUUCAUAAAAAAAAUUCGUUUAGUAUUUUAAAUCAUUGUUAUGAUUUUUAAAAAAUGCCGCCGUGCGAAAAAAAUUUCCGAUCUUGAAAAAUUUUGGCAUGAUAGAUUUUUUUAUAUCACAAAAAUGAUUCAACAUACUAAAAGAAAUCAUGCUAUAAAAUAAAAAAUGUUGGUCACCGACUUUAUUUUCGAGUUAAGGUCGCAUUAAACCAAAAAGAUCGGCCAUUGAAACGUCAUUGUUGCCAUAGCAACGGCUGCUAAGAGUAAAUUUUUACAAACUCCGAAAUCCUUAGUUAUUGUCUUACUGACUCUUCCACAGUCCAUCAUCCGUAUACGCGCGGUCGCGAUAGUUCUAUUGCAUUCCCAUUAAGCCCCGCGUUCUCAUCGUUUUUCCACUGAUCUCUAUUCCCAACCGAAGCGACGAGGCAGAUUGUUUUAUUCAAGUCAGAUACUCUUUGGUUUUCAACAAAUAAUUAUUGUCCAGAAAUUCACGUCCAAAUCUUCCAUAUUUUAAAAAGUGUACAUAUAGGUAGCCACCUUAAACCAUAGUCUUAAACCAUAGUCUGUCAAGAUAUUAUGGUCUGGAAGUAUGGCCGGUGGACUUCAAAGCUACAAAAUAGAAGGCCCUUGUUUGUUGUUGAAUGAACUGUACCUCACCGUGCACAAAACAUAACACAAUAAGUUCUUUGUAGGUUUGCAUGGCGAUAAAAUAUAUUAUAAUAGUUUUGCUUGUGGAAACACCACGUAAAUUUAUCACUGCAAAGCUUUCGAUCCGUAAUUAUUAUUAUUAUUAUUAUUGUCAUCGUCAUCGUCAUCGUCAUCGUCAUUGUUAUUAUUAUUAUCAUAUUAUUAGCACUGAUGAGGACUCAGGCUUACGGAUCGAAAGCUUUGCAGUAAUAAAUUAACGUGGUGUUUCUACAAACAAAACUAUUGUAACACAAUAUAUGACUUUUAGAUCUGUUUAGUUUCCAGACCAUCAUAUAUAUCUUUAUAUGGUUAAACAAGUAUUAUUUUAGCCUUGGUAUUCAUGUUGCAUUUAGAUGAAGUCAGUACUCCAAACAACCACCGCAUUUAUGAGCUGCUUCAAGAUGGUGAUGCCCCCAAUGAUGAGGUACAUAUCACGACUUUCAUAGCUGUAGUGAGAAAGUAGGCGGCUGCGCUCAAUGCAGGAAUAUUUUCACUAAAUCUAAAGGGACAUAAUUUAUGACAGUAUAACAGUAUUGGAUUUACUGUCUUCUUUCAGGACGAACCUGAUGACAGUGAUUCCUUCAAUCCCACUCUGUUGAGGUAGGAGUUGUCCGUUUCUAAAAUAAAACUUUCCAGCCUACCGGAAUUAUGCUGAUUGCUCAAUCUUUUCUAAACUGUUCUUCCAAGAGGUCCAGUUACCAAAAUGUUUCAUAUCCUUAAAUGAUUAACAUGUCCUCCAAUUAAAGGUUGAGUGAUGAAGAUGGCAGUCUGGCCAUGACUGUCGUCAGUGAAGGAAGUAUUCCAAAGGACCAAAUAAAGAGUGAAGACGGUAAAGUGAUGGUGAUUGUUAUGGUAAUGGUGGUGGUGCUAAUUGUGAUGAUGAUGGUGGUUGUAAUGGUGUUAUGGUGAUGAUGACGAUCGUUGCGGUAGUGAUGGUUGCGGUUGUGAUGAUAAUGAUGGCAAUGAUGAUGGUGGUGGUGAUGAUGAUGAUGAUGGUUGUGGUGGUGAUGGUGGUGAAUACGUUUUAGUAGUGAAAUAUUAUUUUUAUGUUUCGUUCAGUAUUUAUUGCUGAUACUGGCAAGGAAGUGUUUGUUUGGAUUGGUAAGCAUGCCAGUGAAGGGGAAUGUAAAAAUGGCUUGGCAUAUGCACACGUAAGUUGUACCUAAACUAUAUUUAAAACGAAAUGCACUGCGGUUUACUAAUUAAACUAUUUUACAAACAUGUAAAAAUCCUGCUUUUCCAUUUUAUUUUAGAACUAUUUGCGAAGUAGCAAGCAUCCAUUGGUGUCUGUCACCGUAUUGAAAGAAGGCCAAGAGAGUGACGCUUUUGAAAAAAUACUGAAUUAGACAAUUUUCUCCAAGUGAUCCAAAGAUCAACUGACCGCUUCAGUUAUAUUCUCGAGUAUUUCGAUCUCGAGUUAUAAUAACAAAUUUCUUUAACUAUUUAAUACUAAUAUAUUACGUACCAUGUAACUAAAUAAAUAUAAUUUUAAUUAUGUCAAAUGAAUUUACUAUCUGUUUUAC